AUGAGGAUGGGCACCGAAAAACACCGUCGGAUGUUGACGUCGUUGAAGACAGUCAAUCAGGAGUGUCUCAACGAACAUGUAAAGGAGGAGACGCCGAUAAAUUGUGGAGAUAAUGAAGACAGUAUGCCUUGGAAUGAUGAAGGAAAGAAGAACCAGGGAGCACCGGAUAAUUGUGACGAUGAUGGUGAUAGUCGAUCUGGGGAUUGUGUCAAUGAAAAUAAGCCCGAAGAAACAAAAGCUGAGAAAUCGUUCGUUUGCGAUGAGUGUGGAAGGAAGUACUCACUGAAAAGAAGUCUUCAGCGUCAUAGGAUCACUCACACCAACGAAGCCCAGUUCAGCUGCGCCGAAUGUGAGAGGAAAUUUUUCCGCCGAUGUGACCUCCGAGCCCACGAGAAGGUUCACACCAAGGAGAAACCAUUUACUUGCGAUCAGUGCGGAAUGAAAUUCGCUCAGAAGUAUAAUGUCUAUGCUCACAAAAGAUUACAUGCAGGAGAAAAACCAUUCGCCUGCGAACAAUGCGGAAAUCGGUAUCGGCGGAAAUCUGAGCUCAAAGACCAUAAGAGAGUCCACACCGGAGAGAGACCAUUCGUUUGCAAGGAAUGUGGGAAAAGCUUCAAGCAGAGGAGCCACAUCAAUCGUCACCUCAAGAAACACAAAAUCGCGAAACCUCUGGCUGCUACGAGUGACAAGGACGCUCCGAGUCAAGAGAAUAUUCCGAGCGAGGACGACACGCUGAAAACGUGA